GUCUAAAGUCUCUCAGACGGACUGACUGAUCUGUUUGUCCUCUGCACAGCUUGUCUUCCUCAUUAUCAUCUGCUGGAUAACAUACAGACUCAUCUUCCUCUGUCGGUCUCUCUACCCAAAAUGCUUCCUUUAGGGUUAGGCAGGGUGUUGCUGCUGUGUUGUGUCGCAGCGUGUGCGUCCGGGGAGUUGAGAGGGUAUUUCUUUCGGAUCGAGGAGAUACCUUGGAACUACGCCCCGACUGGAAUGAACGUCAUCCAAAACCGCACCCUGCUGGAGGACGAAGACGCCGCCGUCUUUUUAAAGCGAGGCCCCAAUCGGAUCGGCCAAACCUACAAGAAGGCUGUGUAUAAGCAGUACACUGACAGCACCUACAGGACAGAGAUCACCAAGCCGAACUGGCUGGGCUACCUGGGACCUCUCAUAAUGGCUGAAGAGGGAGACAUAGUGAUCGUCCACCUGAGGAACUCGGCAUCUCGACCCUACAGUAUUCACCCACAUGGACUCAACUACAGCAAAGGCAAUGAGGGGGCACUUUACCCUGACGGGACCGGUCCUGAACUGAAGACUGACGACUCGAUCGCUCCAGGUGCAACAAAAAUGUAUCAGUGGACCCUCCCAGAGUCACACAGCCCGGCAUCAGACGAUGGCAACUGCAUGACCAGAUUCUACCACUCCCAUGUCAAUGCACCGAAAGACAUCAACUCAGGACUCAUAGGACCCCUCGUUGUUUGUAAGAGAGGAACUCUGGACUUAUACGGAGACGGUUCAGGAGACUAUCUGUACGCUCUGCUGUUCAUGGUGUCGGAUGAGAACUUCAGCUGGUACCUGGAUGAGAACAUCAGGACGUACAUCACGAAUCCUGCCAGAGGUCUGAAGGAAGACGAGGAUUUCAUUGAGAGCAACAAAAUGCACGGUAUAAACGGUUAUCUCUAUGGUAACCUGCCGGGACUCAGCAUGUGCCAAGGAAACAAGAUCUACUGGCAUAUGUUUGCCUUAGGCAACGAGGUGGACAUGCAUUCAGUCCAUUUCCAUGGCCAGAUCCUGACCACUCAGAAUCACCACACAGACACCAUCAGCCUCUUCCCCGGCUCCAGCACUACAGCUGAAAUGGUCGCUGACAACGUCGGACACUGGCUGCUGACGUGUACAGUCAAUGACCAUCUGAUGGCUGGAAUGCAGGCUAUAUUUGAGAUCAAGAAGUGCUUCCCUAACGUCCAUAAGCCCCGCCCACACGGCGAGCUCAGACAGUAUUUCAUUGCUGCUGAAGAAGAAGUGUGGGACUACGCUCCUACGAUACCCACUGAGGGAGAAGCUGACAUGUUCGUGACCAGAGGACGAAAUCGAAUAGGAAGCCGCUAUAAGAAGGCACGCUACGUGGAAUACACUGACAGCACCUUUAUGACCAAGAUGCUACGCAGCCCAGAGGAGCUACACCUUGGAAUUCUGGGCCCGGUGCUGCGAGCGGAAGAAAAGGACACGAUCAGCGUAAUGUUCAAGAACAAAGCCAGCCGGCCUUACACCAUGCAGCCACAUGGUGUCCAGUACAACAUCGAGCACGAUGGGACGCUCUAUUACAACGAACUGGAAGAGUCCUACACAGACAAAAAACUACGAGAGCUAAAUAGACAACCAAGAGUGGUGACCCCUCCCCCGGCUGCUCUGGUCAGACCCGGGACGGUGCACACCUAUGAGUGGACGGUGCCCGUGGGUGCUGGUCCGACACAGGGUGAGGCCGACUGUCUGACAUAUAUGUACUACUCCGGAGUGGAUCCUGUUAAAGACACCAGCUCUGGACUGGUCGGGCCGCUCCUCGUCUGUCGGCCCAGAUCACUCAGGCGUCGAGUACAGAAAAACUAUGAGAAAGAGUUCCACCUGAUGGCUACAGUGUUUGAUGAGAACCUCAGCUGGUAUCUGGACGAUAACAUUAGGACCUUCGCCACUGCUCCAACCACUGUUAACAAGGAGGAAGAGGGCUUUAUAGAGAGCAACAAGAUGCACGCCAUCAAUGGAUUUGUGUACAGGAACCUCCCAGGCCUGACCAUGUGCAAGGCAGAUAAAGUAACGUGGCACCUCUCAGGACUGGGUUCAGAGCAGGACAUCAUCAGCCUCUACUUCGAGGGAAACCGCUUCAUCUAUCGCCAAAACAGACGAGACACCAUCAGCGUCUUCCCACACAUCUCACGCACUGUCACCAUGGAGCCAGACAGCAUGGGUCAGUUUGAGGUGGUCUCAGCGACUUUGACUCAUUACCGUGCUGGGAUGAGAGCCAACUACACGGUGCAGAAGUGCAGCGUUUUUCAGCGGCAGGGUGAGACGAUGUUGCAUUCAAAGACGUUCUACAUCGCUGCCAUGGAAACCACCUGGGACUACGCUCCAAACCGCACCUUCGAGACUGAGGCGUUCCGCGGCCAGGAGAGUCCUGCCGCCGUCUUCCUGGACCAGCAGGGCGGCUUUAUAGGCUCCCGGUACAAGAAGGUGGUCUACCGCCAGUUCACCAAUGACAAGUUCACCAAACAGGUGGACAGAACAGCUGAUAUGGAACACCUGGGCAUUCUGGGUCCGAUGAUUAAUGCCGACGUGGGAGACAAGGUGAAGGUGGUUUUUAAAAACAUGGCGACCAGGCCUUAUUCCAUCCACGCUCAUGGAGUGAAGACAGACACUCCUGAUGUUUACAACACACCACCAGGUGAGACUCACUCAUACUACUGGUACGUCACAAAGAAAACAGGACCGACCACAGAGCAGGAGGAGUGCUCUGUGUCAGCAUACUACUCAACUACUGACGUUGCCAAGGACCUUUACAGCGGUCUGAUUGGUCCGUUGGUGAUCUGCCGCCGGAGCUGGGCCAGGUCUUUAGGAAUGAAGAAAGAAGUGGAAGAGUUUGCUCUGCUCUUCCUGGUUUUUGAUGAGAACGAAAGCUGGUAUCUGGAUGAAAACAUCAGGACUAACAUCAGAACCCCUCGAGCAAACCUGAAGGAUGAUGAAACCUUUAUAGAGAGCAACAAGAUGCACUCCAUCAAUGGGUUUAUGUAUGCAAAUGUGAAUGGUCUGAACAUGGAGGUGGGCGAUAAGGUGUACUGGUACCUGAUGGGAAUGGGCAGCGACGUGGACAUACACAGCGUACACUGGCACGGACACAUGGUCGAAUAUAAGCUGGGUGGAGGUCCCCAUCGGACUGAUGUGUAUGAACUGUUUCCAGCCACCUUCCAGACAGUAAAGAUGCGUCCUCAGUAUCCUGGCACUUGGCUUCUGCACUGUCAUGUUACUGACCACCUCAAAGGCGGCAUGGAGGCGUUGUAUACCGUCAAUUUAAAAAGUAAGAAAAGUAAAAGAAAGAAGAAAAAAUUCACACUGUGAGAAAUAACAAGCGAG